AUGUUGGUCAGGAUUCUAGAAUUUGAGAGACCCAACGUGAAUGACCAUCCGAUUCGAUCAAGACAUCUAUCAGGAUCUGCUAUGAACUCAACCGAAGAAACCACUCCCGCCGGCAGGGCUCCUCGGGUGUCGAUGAAUGAGAAACUUGACAAGAUUUGCGCCUUGAUAGAAGAGUUGAACCUCACACCGAAGUCUUUCUUGGUAGCUUUCCUUGAGCAGGACCAAUACAGCAUGGCCUACAGACGACGCUUAUGGGGCACUGACCAAGGUUGGGACUCAACAGAGAAUCUGUUGCUCACAAUCCGAAAACUCGCUUGCUCUCACCUAGAUGGCCGUGGCCAUUGGGAACGGUUCAUCUUGAUGCAGGCAAUCGAUAUUGUUUCUGCACAAAAGCCAGUCAGCGGGCUGGCACCAAAAGGCUCAUAUCACACUUCGGCAACCUUGUCUGAUGUGUUCUUCACCACGGAAGAACGAGAGGCUCGCAAUGAUUUGCUCACGGAUCGGAUGCCUUUUCUCUAUCAACUACUCUGCGCAAAGAUUCAAGGCGAUCGGCCCUAUACAACCACUGGCGGGGCCGCAGAUUCUCCGGCGGAUCCUGUUGAGGACAAUUCAGAUGACGAAGGGGUAGAUGAUCCCUCGGACGGGCUGGUUGACUAUGAUGGGUCGGUCUUGAAGAAGAGCAACGACAGAGGGAUCAGACGGGCUAAUCGGGUGAAGACGAUGGCCCGCACCAUAUGUGCCAUGGUGGCAUUUGGAGGGAAUCGCCGGCAUAAUGGCUUUCAGCUGAGCAAUGCGCUGCUGUUCUUGGCAGGGGGGGUGACCGAGCGUGUAAGUGCUUACCUCAAUUACAUAGGCAUCAGCUCCUCUCGGAGGACUGCUCAUGCAGCCCUGAGGAGUCUGGGGUCAGAGGCGAAAUCAAAACUUGAAGCAAUCUACAAGAUGGGUGAUUCCCCGUUGGUGGCGCCGCUAUUAUGCUAUGAUAAUCUCGAUUUUCAGGAGAAGGUACACAUGAAAUCCAUUGGCCAUUCUAGCAAGAUGUUUCAUGGGACCUGGGGAUAUGUCCACACCAUUCCCCGCUCACUCCAAUCACAUCUGGAUCCAGCCGAACUCACUGUUGAGGCUUUGAACAAGGCCUUACACAUCGGGAAAGAUUUGAAAAUUCGGCCCGACAUGUUUACCCCCACGGCGGAGAGUACAAUUCACUUCGAGACAACAAUCAAAUCCCAGAUCACUCGGGUGAUCCUGAAGUACUUUGCCACCCCCACCGAUAAAAGGGUAGACCUACUGGUGAAGCCUCUGGAGGUCAAUCCUAUUGCGCCGGAUGAUCCCAACAUCACAAUGCUCAAACUAAUGGUUGCGUCGGACAACUCGGCCCUGGGCGUUGGCGAGGUCUUCACAGGUGUCAUCCAGCAGAGUGGGCUCACGCCGGCUGAAUUCCACUCCCGAUUACAGAUUGUUGAGGGGGACCUGGGGUCUUGUAACAUUUUUGAUAGCCUUCGCAAGCAGAGGACCCCAGCUUUGGGCAAUCACAACAGUCUUGAUAAUAUCCUGCCCAUCCCCGGCGCAGCUCACACACUAUGGAACCUGUCCCAAGCAAUUUAUCUGGCUCAUUGGGGGAAUGAGAAACUAGCCCGGGACACUGGCGCAUGGAGGACGCUUCACGCACUGGGGAUACCAGCAGAAAAGCCAGUGACCAAAAAGGAUUUCAACCUCAUGCUGUGUCACAUUGAAAAGAUUCACGAGGCAACAUUGUUGUACUGUGUGCUACUGGUUGCAAACCGUGCUCAUGAGCCAUGGUCUGGCAAACGGCUAAAGGUUUCUACAGAGAGCAUUCAUGAUUGGGUUGAGCUCACUUUUGACCGCUUUUGCUCAGGCGCCGCGCUGCAGACAGAGCUAGCAUCCAACUACUCAGGGCACAAGAAUUUAUUACUCCGCAUCCGAGACUUUGGGACAAUAGUGGAGGCCAAUCGAGCCAUGAAAGACGGAGAUUACGGCCGGCUGAUGUUCAUGUGGCAACGCUGGGCAGUGAUGAGCCAGGGGAUUGGGGGAAUGCCCCACUACUCAAAACAUCUACCAAAGCUAAUCAUCUUGAUCAAGUACAUCUUACCCAAAUCCUUAUCGGACUUGGUGAUGAAUACCUUGCUAAUGUCGCCUACGGGAAAACCGGGACACUUUGUGGCAACGGACUUCUAUCUGGAGGUGCAAAAUUAUUGGUUAAAAUACUUUUUCAAUCACUCAGGAAUUGGCACAGAUAUUGAGAGGUUGAAAGAGAUUUUUUCAAGUAAUAUUAAUCUGCUCCGUUACAUGCUACAACUCAUCAAACUGGAAUCUGGGGCUGAAGUGGUUCACCAGUCACACAAAAACAAAUUAACCGUUGACUCAUUCAACAAUUUCCGCCGCAUGGCCCAGCGGGAGCGUCUGGGGCAAACCCCAAUAGCAGGUAGGGCUCCUGAUCCGAUUGACGACUGUUAUGCUGGCGGAAUGGCAAAGUUGAGGAAGGAAUUUGGGCUGAGCGGACUUGAUCGGUUUCGGCCAUAUUCGCAAGGCAAUCAUGAGUAUGUACAACCAGGAUGA